AUGACUGGCGCCGUUCAUUCAAUGGCUCCUCAAGUCACCCCCACCCCUACGUCCACACCGUCCGCAAACAACGUCAACGUGCUUCCCGACAUCAACAUGCAACACGAAACAGACAACCAACUGUCUACUCAGACAGGACAUCACCAGGAUACAUCCCGCAGAUCCAAACGAUCGCGUGAGGAAUCCCCUUCCGCCUCGACCAACGCCCACAAGCGUAAGCGCAAGCGCAAGCGUGAUACGGGGGGGCUUGAUGGAGUUCGUCGUGUCGGAUGCCCGUAUUACAAACAUGACUCGAGAAACCCCAUAGCAAAAUCGUGCAAGGGCCAGGGUUUCAAUGAGACGGGCAAGCUAAAAGACCACAUCAAGGACAUACACGGCCUCCCGCAGCAAAGGUGUAAUACCGAUAUCAACUUCAAGGCCAACCCUUACGUCAAGUUCAAAGAUUUGGGCGUAAAGUGGACUCUGGCGUACCGCAGACUGUUUCCAGAGGUACCUGAGGAUAAGGUACCUUCACCAUGGGCGGCUGAAGAACCACUACGCCCAGCUAUCUAUCCUGACGAUCUCGGCAAGAUCAGCAAGUAUGCUACGCGCCUCAUCCUUGAUCUCGUGGAGCGAAAUCUAUCCGGGCAUCUUCCAGACGACCUCGAGAAUGAGAUCAGGAAAGCAGUUCUAGCAGCCGGGUCGUUGGUUAAUGAGGAAGCUGCCUUGGCGAGUUCAUCCACGUCCAAUGAUGCCACAGGUGCUAGGGGUUAUUCCUCAAGCACUAGCGAAGCCGUUGAGCUCGCACCAUUCUAUUCUCACGAAAACCUUCCAAUAAACACCAAAGAUGAGGGCUAUUGUGGCAGCAGUCCAGCCAUGUCCAACAAAAGCUUUCCCGGGGCGAUGGUAACACCAAACCUAGCCAUGGCCCUGGAACCCGACUUUCACAUGGACACAAAACCAGUGCUGGUAGAGGGAGGGAUGCGGAGUGGAUUUGCACCGCCCCCUAUUCCCGCAACUCUAUAUCCCGCCCUCGGACAAGAGAACUUUCCGCCGAACCACUCGGUCAUCAGUGGGACGCCCAAACAUGUUCACGGCUACCCCUCACCGGCCCCCGAUUGCAAUUUCGACGACUUCUCUCUCUUCGACGGCAUCUCUGCCUACCUUGAAGACCCCACGUAUGCUCUUGACGAGGCGGACAUGAGAUACAACAUCGAUGAUUGGGUCAAUUGA